AUUAAACUAUAGGAAUUUUGAAUUUUAAAUAAGCAAUGAUGCAUAUAAACAUAAGCUCCUAUUAACGUAAUUGCAAUUUGUAUUUUCUAUCAAAAAAAUGAAAUACUAUUAAAACAGUAUAUAAAUUUGAAUUUUAACCAGUAAAAAAUUAAAAUUAUAUUACUGUGAUGCUUGGCGUCGAACAAAAUGAUCCAGUAAAAGUGAUGCUAAAGUUAAAAUAAACCAUCCAUUGACAGUUCCAAUGAACCAAGUGAGUGAUAUUCAAAUAAAUUAGUUACAAGGUUUAUCUAUCAUAUUAAUAAAUGAUCACCUAUAAAUAUUAUAAAUAUGCCCGUGAACACGUGCAGUUAUCGCGAAUCGAUACACUGUCUCAGACGUUAUCUUUUUUAUUGGUUCGCGAAGUAUAAAAUAAAUUUCAGUUAUCGAAUUAUGGUCCCAACGUAAUAGUUCUUUAGAUUCAUUUUCUCGCUAACUAUGGGUAAAAAAAUCAUCUUCCAUUUAGAGAGACGUGAUCAGCAUGGAAGUGUGGAAAAACGGACCGAAAAAGUCGAAAUGGAUGAUGCGGUAGGUUGGAAGUUUUGGAAAAAACGACGUUAUGUUGUUGCGAUCUUUGCAUUUUUUGGAUUUUUUACUUCAUAUGUUUUACGAGUUAAUUUGAGUAUCGCUAUCGUCGCAAUGACGAAAAGUUCACCAGAGGAUGAAGCAGAGUUUAAUUGGGAUUCAAAGCUCCAGGGGCUUGUUCUCAGCUCAUUUUUUUACGGGUACAUAAGUACGCAAGUAAUUGGAGGAUGGCUUAGUGCGCGCAUUGGCGGCAAAAGAGUAUUUGGAAUUGGAAUCGCCGUUACCGCGCUCUUAACAUUGAUCACGCCGCCUUUAACGCGACAUAGUGUUUAUGCUCUUGUUACUUUGCGGAUAAUCGAAGGAAUAUUUGAGGGUGUAACGUAUCCAUGCAUUCAUGCCAUAUGGGCAAACUGGGCUCCACCUUUAGAGAGGUCUAAACUCGCGACCCUCGCAUUCGCGGGCAGUUCUGUUGGCACAGUUUUCGCAAUGCCAGUAUGUGGAAUUAUAGUUGAACAGUUAGGCUGGGCAUCAUCAUUUUAUAUUUUUGGAGCCAUUGGUUUAGUUUGGUUCGCUUUCUGGUGGCAUAUUGUCACCGAUAAACCAGAAGAUGAUCCGAAAAUAUCACAAUCUGAGCUUGAUUACAUUAAAAGAUCACUUGGUAACAGUAAUCAACAAAAGACAAUUUCGCAUCCAUGGAAAUCAAUGUUGACUUCACCAGCAGUUUGGGCAAUCGUAGCAGCACACUUCAGCGAAAACUGGGGUUUCUACACGAUGCUUACUCAACUGCCGACAUUUAUGAGCGAUGUACUGAACUUUAAGCUCGAAGAAACCGGAUUUUUCUCAGCCGUUCCUUAUCUAGUAAUGUCUAUUGUAAUACCAUGCUCUGGACAACUCGCUGACUAUUUGCGAUCGAAAAAUAUUCUCAGUACUACUCAUGUUCGUAAAAUAUUUACGUGUGUUGCUUUUUUGAGUCAGACUACAUUCAUGAUUCUUGCUGGAUUUACAACGACAUCGACAAGUGCUGUUACUUGUCUUGCUGUUGCUGUUGGUCUUGGUGGUUUCGCUUGGUCAGGGUUCAGCGUAAAUCAUUUGGACAUUGCCCCACAACAUGCGAGUGUUUUAAUGGGAAUAGGAAAUACAAUCGCAACUCUUCCUGGUAUCGUUAGUCCUUUGAUUACCGGUAACAUCGUUCAAAAUAAGACUGCUGCUGAAUGGAGAAUAGUAUUGAUAAUCGCAGGAACAAUUUAUCUUUUCGGUGCUGUAAUUUACGGUAUUUUCGCAUCAGGUGAACGUCAACAUUGGGCUCGUGAAAAAAAUAGUGACGAUUUGAAAGAAAACAGUAUCUCUGCUUAUUAGUUCACCAUCCCGACAUCUGUAGAAUUAUUAUUUCAUACAUAAUUUUUCCAGAAAAAACAUUAUCGGCUAGAUUUUAUUUUUCAAUUAAGUUAUCAGGAAUUAUCAUCUAAUUCUUCUACCAUUACUAAUCAGGAACGGAAUUUUUUGGUUCAAAUCAUUUCAAUGAUUCAACGAUAACCUGAUCGCUAACUAAAAUUAAAUACAGCUAAGGUAAAUCUCCUAAUGGGCCGUUUUUACUGUUAGUAAAUAAAAUUCUGCUAUAAUUAAAAAUCAUUUUAUAUAUUGACAAGUUUACCAAUUAUUAGCAUACUAUACGAUCUCUAAGGAGUUCGCAGUUUUUAUAGAUGUCACGAAAUCUAAUUUUCUUGUCCAAUCUUUUGUGUUGAAAACUAGAAGUUCAUUUUAUAAGAUUCUCUACAUUCUGAAGAUUAUUGUAAAAAAUAUAUAAAUUAAAAUUACAUCCUUAUUAAUUAUUCUUAUUACUUGCACGGUAAAUUCAAAUAUUUGAAAAAUUAAAUGACCGUGAAGAUAGCCGACACCCGCCAUUUUAAAAAUAAAAAAGCUUAUAACUUUAGAAAAAAAAAAAAAUUUUCAAAUUUAAAAAAAAUGCUCGUGUAGAUUUUUCAAUUUUCUAGACGAGUAUUUUUAUAAAAAGAUUAAAAAAUAAAUA